AUGUCAGAUCUCUCCAUUCACUGCAAUUCUUGUGAUGAAAGUACUCCUUGGCAGACAUCACCCAACCUUGCCAAGAAAGGCAAAUCAUUUGAUGUCAACCGGAGAGCUGUCUACCACUCAAUAGAAACUGGAAGUGGCUACGACGGACUCUCUUCUUUCUGUGCGAUAAUGAACAUGCCUUGUUUGUCAAGAGCUGCUUACUACAAGCAAGUUGAUGUAAUUUUGGAAGCACUGGAAAGUGAAGCAAAAGAAGAACUAAAAGGUGCAGGCCAAAGGCUCCGAAAGCUAAUCAUGGAGGAAAAUGGCAUCUCAGACAGCACCACAAUAAUUGAUGCUGCUGUUAGCUUUGAUGGCACUUGGGCCAAAAGAGGUUUCACAUCACUAACAGGUGUUGUUUUCGUCAUCUCAAUUGACACAGGAGAAGUUUUAGACUAUCACGUGAUGUCUAAAUCUUGCCGUAAGUGCUCCCUAAAGAACUCACAAUGUGAAGGGAAUGUGGAAGAGUUUGAAGAAUGGAGGAGGGAGCAUGUUGCAUCUGGAGAUUGUGACAUCAACUUCGAAGGAAGUUCACCUGCUAUGGAAGCAGAAGGAGCUUCUGUUCUUUGGAAUAGAUCCAUCGAACUUCAUAACAUGAGGUACAAAUGGAUGGUGUCAGACGGGGGACAGUAAGGCCUUUAACACUGUUCAACAUGCCUAUGAUGACUGUGAAGUUAUUAAACUGGAUUGUGUAGGCCAUGUGCAGAAAAGGAUGGGCAAACAUUUAAUGAAUUUGAAGGCAUGCAGUAAGGGUAAACUUGCUGAUGGAAAACCUAUAGGAGGGCGUGGCCGGCUUACAGAAGGAAAGAUCAAGCAGCUUCAAAGGUACUAUGGCCUAGCAAUCCGGCAAAACACCUUGACCAAGGCAAAUCCCUCUGAACGGGAGGUUGACAUUGCAGUUUAUGCUAUGAAACAAAAUAUUAUUGCCAUUCUCCAUCACUGUGUAAAUUCAACUGACAAUGCUAAACAACACCGCUUCUGUCCACCAGGUGAUUCAUCAUGGUGCAAAUGGCAACAGGACCAGGCAACAGGAACCAGUACCUACAAAGGAGAUGACUGUUUGCCCGAAGUCUUCGUGGAGACUCUAAAACCCACAUUUGUGUCAUUAAGUGACAGUAAACUUUUAGAAAGAUGUGUACGAGGAAAAACCCAGAACCCAAAUGAAAGCAUCAACGCAAUGGUUUGGGUCCGUGUCCCAAACAUAAACACCAUGGAGUGA